UGGCAUUGAGGAUUAGGUGUUUUCUUCCCAGUCAUACUCUCGAAUUUGUUUGACUACGAGUUGGAAUAUAAAAUCACAACGUAAGAUCCGAAACCUCACUAAGAGUCUACUGUAAUGACUGAAGCAAAAGCGACAACGACGAGGCUGAGAUGUGGAAACGAAUUUGUACACAGCCCAACUUACCCCAAUGACUCACUCACGUGCAUCAAACCUACUUAAAGUCGUGAUCCUCUGCUCUCGCAACAAAAACCGCAUCAACUCAUUUCUUCGCAAUCAUGGAGAGAUCCGCAGCGGCCUCGCAAGCCUCAGCACCAGAAACGACGCCAGUGGAGCAACCUCGUUUAAGCCUCGCAGCCCGCAUGAAGACCUACGAAGCCGUCACGGACACCAGAGUACCCUCAGACUCACCAGUAAUACUCCGUCUCGAUGGACACAGCUUCUCAAAGUUCACUGCCCACUUUGCGCGUCCCUUUGACCCGCGCAUUCACUCGGCAAUGGUCGACACAUGUGCCGACUUGCUCCACUUCCUGCCCUCAGCCACGAUAGCAUACACCCAAUCCGACGAGAUAACUCUAGUAUGUCCACGUGGGCUGGGCUGCUUCAACGACCGAGUGCAGAAAGUAGGGAGUCUGGCCGCCGCGUAUACCAGCGUGCGAUUCAACGCGCAUCUUUCAGCUGCUGUGGCUGCUAUGCCGGAGCCGGCUGUCCGCAACGCAGAGAUGGUACUCGGUAGCGCGUAUUUCGAUGCGAGGGUUUUUGGGAUUCCGAGUGUGGAGGAGGCGCUGAAUUGUCUGGUAUGGCGGUGUCGCGGAGAUGCGGUGAGGAAUUUUGUCAACGCGUUCGCGAGAACGCUCUUCAGUACGCGAGAACUGCAUGGGAAGCGGUGCGAGGAGGUGCUAGAGAUGAUGAAGGAUAAAGGCAUAGUGUAUGAGGAGGCAGUGCCCAGCUGGGCGGUUGAGGGGUCUAUUGUGAAGAGGGAGUUGGUUGAACAUGUUGGGCUCAAUGGGAAGACGGGAGAGGAAGAGACGACGAUGCGGUCCAGAUCAAAGGUGGUGGACCGGGGGCUAAGAACAUUCUCGGACGAGAAUCUGAGGCUGAUGGUGGAGAAGUAUUGCACGGAGGCCUAGGUACAUGUACGAGUGGUGACGGC